AUGUACGCCUCAAUCGAGGUGAGUGUGGUGGCGGUUGUGCUUCUGGGCGUUGUGAGCCUCGGCAUGGGGGCUUCUGUCCGCGACCACUUUCCGAGGACCUCCGAGUUUGUGACGGCUGCCUGCAGUGGCUACAACGGGCGACUCGCACUUGCGGACAUGAACAACGACGGUGACGUUGACGUUCUUAUGGGCUGUGGCGACUCGCUGACAUGGAUCGAGAACAGUGGCGAUGACACGUUCUCGACCAUCAUCCGGACAAUAUCGAUCGACCAAAACCCUGUUCCUGCUGCUGCCGACUACGACCGUGAUGGGGACCAGGAUGUGAUUGUGGGCAAGACAGCCGGCUCAGACGACUUUCUUAUUGUACGCAACGGCACGACGUCAACCGGAACUGCGUUUCCUUUUGCAGGAUGGGUGCUCCCGGUUCCGGGACCGCAAUCGCCGCACGUGUGGAAGCAGGUGGAGCCGGUAGACCUCAACAAGGAUGGGUGGAUGGACGUGGUGUAUGCGUCGGACACGGUGAUCGAGUGUCGGACAAUCGCGGCUGGCGACAUGGACAACGACGGCAAGACCGACCUUGUGUUUGUCAAGGAGGAGGUUGCGGGGGGCGUGUACGUUCUAGUCAACACUGGGCCGAUCAGCUCAUCUGCGACGUCAGCGUGGGGCGACGGCACGUUUAUUCGCAGCCUGGAGCACGCCAUGUCGCUUGGCAUUGCUGACUUGAACGAGGACUCGAUCCUCGACAUUGCUGUCACUACCUUUAGCUUUACCCUUGUCGACAACAACUACCCGGCCAACUUUACGAAGGACGCCAUCGAUACCGUUCAGGCGAGCUCGGUCUGGAUCAUCGAGGGCACUGGCAGUGCUGCGUCGUUUUUGACACCUGUCGAACUCAACCAGCGGGCGUAUGGGCCAGCGCUUGUGGGCGAUGUGACUGGCGACGGCCUCGCGGACAUCCUCAUUCCGUCGCUCCGCGCUCUCUCGACGGUGUAUGUGCUGCCUCAGGCGCAGCUGGUCAAGUCAGCCUGUGCCGGCAAGAUCACGCUCUUCAACAUCACGGCGUCGGAGGGCGUGUUCAAGUUUGAGCAUGGCAAGGUGGGAACAGCCACCGAGUCGGCAUCGGACGAGGAUUGUGUCUUUAAGAUUGAGGCUGUCUCCGACGUUGUACUCUCGGUCCGUGCCGCCAUCCAGCGGUCGACCAAGUCGUCGGCGUACGGCGUGCUGCAGCUGUUUGAUCGCCCGGAUGGUCGCGGCGAGGCCGAUGUGAGUAUCACGGCGAGCUCUGGCCAGGCCCCGGCAUUUAUUCCGACCACGUCGAUCAUGUCGCUCCGCUGGGUCGCUCCCAACUCGGAGGGUGCGGCGUUUACUGUCGAGGUUACGGCGUCGCCGCGCCAGCCAUCGACGAACCCACAGGCGGUCCGUGGCGGCUCCCGCACGGUCCGCACCUUUGCCACCGCUGCGGUCAUCGGCCUCGACUACAAGUGGUCGCUGCACGAUCUGGAGUAUCGGACGGAGGCAUACAUUGCGAAGCGAGAGGAGGUACAUGGACGGACGGCGGAGCGGCUGCUGGGGCUGUGCAAGGCCAAUCAGGGCUUCUACAUCAAGGCAGCACAGACGGUGGCAUCGAUGCAGAUGGGCGUGCCCAAGCAGGUGACUUCCAAGCUGCGGGUGCUUCAGGACUCUGCGCCGUUUAAGGAGCUGGCGGAUGUGCUGGGGACGUUUGAGGCCGAGUUCGGGGCCUCGCCGCAUGAGCUCUUUGCGGAGUUUGACGAGCAGCCGUUUGCGGCGGCGUCGCUGGCCCAGGUCCACAAGGCAGUGACCCACGACGGCCAGCGGGUUGCAGUCAAGGUCCAGCAUGCCGGGCUGGAGGAUCUCAUCACAACGGAUUUGUGGGCGAUGCGGACGAUUGCGUCGAUCAUGCCGUUCUUCUUUGAGGAUCUCGAGCUCGGCUGGCUCGUCACCGAGGUGGAGGAGAACAUUGCCAAGGAGCUGGACUUUGUGCGCGAGGGGCAAUCUGCUGAGCGUGUGGCGGCGUCGUUUGCGGACAUGCCACACGUCCGCAUCCCAGGCAUUGUGUGGGCGUCAUCGUCGCGGCGGGUGCUGACCAUGGAGUUCAUGGACGGAUUCUCCAUCUCAAACGAGGCGCAGCUCGAGGAGCAGGGCGUGGAUCGGGCUCAGCUCACAAAGCUCCUGCUUGAUACCUUUUCGCGGAUGAUUUUCUGUACUGGCUUUAUCCACUGUGAUCCACACGCCGGUAACCUGCUCGUACACAAGAACGCAGAGACCGGAGCGCUCGAUCUUGUGCUCCUCGACCACGGGCUGUAUCGCGAGCUCGACGACGAGUUCCGGCACAAUUAUUGCAAGCUGUGGAAGGCGCUAGUGACGUAUGAUGGUGAGCUGCUCGACGAGGCCGCUGAUGGGCUCGGCGUCCCGCAGUACAAGUUCAUCUUUCCGCUUAUUCUCACCUACCGGCCGUGGUCGCGAUCCAAGGACGCAGCACCAGGUGCCGGUCUAUCCGAGGACGAAGCGCGCAAGCUGCGUGAAGACAUGCGCAAAACCUCAGUUGCUGAAGUCUUCAAGUUUCUGGAGGACUUGCCGCGUGACAUGCUGCUGGUAUUCCGGUCGCAGGACCUUGUCCGCUCGAUCAACAAAAGUCUCGGUGGCUCGUCGCUCGACCGGUUCCGGGUCUUUGUCCGCGCCGCCAUCUCUGGCCUGUACCUCUACCGCAACGGCGAGUACGCGCCACCGGGUUGGCGCGAUUGGUUCGCAUACCACUGGACAAUGGCCGGUCUCGAGCUUGGCGGCGCGAUUGUCGCGUUUGGGCUCUGGCUCGGCAGCAUGUGGCGCCGAGUGCGGUCGGCCAUCGUCGGCGAUGGCGACCGUGACGCUGAGGGAGGCGAGGUCCUUGACAAGUUCAGAAAGUUUGAGGCGAAGCAAGGGUAAAACAGCGGUAGCUCAUG